UCUCUGACUCCUACCGGGCGUUGGUCGAGGAUCUCUUCCCUCUCUCGUCGCACCUCACAGCUGCCAGUAACCCCCUCCCCUCUUUUUAGACAGGAUAUCUCCAGAUUUCCAGCAUCCAGCAUUCCAGAAGUAUGUCACUUCCCGCCGGUUACGCCCUCCACGUGGGUGUCCCCUCCGUGUCCACCUACCUGCACCUGCGUCAAACCGCCGGCCUGUCCGUACGAACGCCGGAGCAAGCGAUCGCCGCUCUGCAAGGGAGCUGGACGGCCUGCUACGUCGUCCGGACGGAUACUACUACUACUAGUACUACGACCUCGGAUGCCCCGUCGUCAUCCGCAUCCACAUCCACCGCUCCGAAGCCACCCGACCCCGAGAUCGUCGCUAUGGGCCGCGUGCUUGGCGAUGGCGGCUGGUACUUCGUCGUCGCCGAUAUGGCUGUCCAUCCGCACCACCAACGGCGCGGGCUCGGGGAUGUCAUGCUGAAGCAUCUCCUGCAGGAGAUCGCGGCCAGGGCACCCCCGCAGCCGUACGUCUGUCUGUCGGCCGACGCGGCGGGACGCAGGUUAUAUACGCGGAACGGGUUCGUGGAGACGGCGCCGCAGUCGGUGGGCAUGGUCUGGCGGCCGGAGUUGAUGCUUGUCUGACAGUCUAGGAGAGUGGGAGUGGACGAGAGCGCGGGAGAAAGAGGGGUCAGCCUCAACUCUAUUGAGCAUUGACUAUUGCCUGAUCCGUAUGCAGGUCGUUUCAUACGUCGCUGUUCAUGCUCAAGGUUUUCUUGACUCCACCGAACCGAUUUACUGUUGACAUGAGAUCCUGCCUGUCAGAGCCAUGUUCUUCAGCUGUGCAGAUCCAGUGCUAGCACGGAGAGUUCGACGCUCGACGGGUCACACAGUCACACUAGACGUCGGGCGAUGCAUUCGAAUCAUUCGAGAUCCGUAGAUGACGAUCCUCUAUAGACUUUCUGUGUUCUAGACCGUAUUCUGUAAAUAUGAGCGAGUAGGAUGUACAUAUUGCUACCGAUCUAGAACUUUAGCGAAGCCUUUUCCUUAGUCAUAUAGAAUUAUUUCUCAAUUGCCUUGAAUCAU